AUGUCAGAUCAACAACACAAAAGCAAAGGAACUGAAACUGUCAAGGAUACUGCAAAGCCAAGAAAGAAGAAAGCAAGCCAGGAUACUGAUAGAAUAGAGAAUACUAAUUCAAAACGGGAGGACAUAUUAUUAGAAUCGCUACUAAAAGACUACAACGCUGCCUCAUCUGGACCUUCAAAAUGUCCCGUUCCAUGCUGCAACCAACGACUGACUGCUACAAGCUUCAAGUGCCAACAUUGUAAUAUGGAAUACUGUAUCAAGCACCGUCUCCCUGAAUCACACUCGCUAAACUGCGCAGAUAAAGCGAAAAGAGCCGCGCACUCUGUAUUUCAACGGGAAUCAAUGGUCGUGCUUACUGCAGAGAGACAAAAUCCUGGUAUUACGAAUUCAAGAAAUUUCAGCGCCGCGAGGACUAAGGAGGAUAUAAAGAAGCGGUAUAAAGAGAGAUUGGAGCAAACGAAACAAGAACGGACCGUUGGAAAGAAAAAAGGCAAAAAGUGA